GGAGUGGGGUAGUUUCAGCUGACCUAGCACCUAUCUGUACCUAGUACUAGGAAGUGUAGUUACUGUUGGAUCUCGAUUAAUACAUACAUAGGACCUUGUCACCUGGUCACUCUCAUCCUCCUCAUCUUCAGCCUCGAUUUUCGUUACCAAUACGACCAUUAGAUAAAGAAUUGUUUGCUGCAAGAUGUCCCCAGCUCAGUAGACUACAUACAGCUCCGGCUGUGUGGGUCUUUGUUCGUUGUUCAUUUCUGACCACCGAACAAUACACUGAUAUUCCAAAAUGGCUUGGAAACGACCGAAGCAGCUCAACACCAAGACUGAUGACUCAAGCUAUCCCGGGCUAAAGCCCGAGAGCCCAGUUACAGGUCCCAAGACUCAAUAUACCGACGUCCAAAAUGACGAGAUUAUGGUUCUCCAGGCAAUUUAUGGUGAUGAUUAUCUUGAACAUAAAGCUGCCAAUGCUGCCUGGAAGAAGUCGGAACCCUCCUUUGACAUUCGUGUAAAGGCCUUUUCCGACGAAGAUGUAGCUAUUACACUAAGUGUUGUAUUCACGGCAACAUAUCCAAAGUCUGCGCCUUUGCUUAGUCUAAAAGAUGAAGGGAGCCUCAAGGAGUCCACUCUGUUUAAGUUACAGAAAUUCAUCGAGACAAAACCCAAAGCUCUAGUUGCGGAGGAGCAGUCAGAACCGAUGAUACACGAGCUAGCUCAAGGAAUUCAAGAUAUUCUGGAAGACGCCGCGCAGGCGAAGGCCCAGGGACUAGAGCUACCCUCGUUAGAGGACGAGCGAGCAGCGCAUGAAGCCGAGUUAGCUAGGCUGGCCCAAGAGCAGCAAGAGGAAGAGGAGCGGAAGAAGCAGGAUGCAAUGAAAGAAGAGGAACGAGUGAUGCAAGAUAUGAUACAGAAAGAAGUUGAUCGACAACGAACGAAAGUCAAAGAAUCCAAGAAGAGAAACAAGGCUCUGGCCACGGCAAACAGCCAUAACCAAGAAUCUCAUGUAUUGGAGGCAGGCAAUAUCGAAUUUGACCAAGACUGCGAGGUCGUUGAUUCAAAUGGCAUCGCAUUUUUGUUCAACGCUGUCACAGGCAAAAAUGAAUUUCGAAAGGGUCAGGUGGCAACCACGUAUCGCGUCUGGCCGGAUAUUUCGGGUGAACGAGGUGGGCCAAGCCUAGCUCUUAAAGAGUUCGAGCUACGAUCGACUUCCAAAGAGUCUGUUCAGUUCAAGAAGCAAUUACAAGCCCUCGAAGGACAACUGGAAUCUGUCAAGAAGCUAUCUCAUCGCAACGUCCUUGAGCUCUUAAACUUCCGCAUUGAUCGCGAUCAUGAAGAAUCGGAUUCUUCUUCAAUGGCCUGGACUGCACGGCUUUUAACACCGUUAGCAGAAAAGGGGUCAUUAGAGGAGCUGCUAGAUCUUGCCGGACAACUAGACGUUGGAAAGGUGCGUUCGUGGACGGCAGACCUCCUCGAUGCUCUGGGAUAUUUGCAUAGCCACGGAGUUACCCACCAAGAUAUCCAUCCUGGUAAUGUACUCCUCUUCAGAGAGUCAACCGGCGAUAUCAUCCCGAAGCUUUCGGAUGUGGCGUACGAAAGAGAAAUGCAUAGCCUCUGUCGCAGGUCUCAGAAAAUCUCGUCGGCAAAUUCUGCAAGGUCAGCAUACUGGCUACCUCCAGAGAUUGCUGGAUCAUCACGACCCCAGUUUACCCAAAAGACUGAUGUUUGGGAUCUUGGGGUUGUUUUCCUACGAAUGAUUUUUGGCCUAGACGUUUUCCGGCGAUAUCAGUCUCCGGCUGCUCUCGUGGAUUCCAUCUCUCUAUCCAGACCGUUGCAAGAACUAAUAACAAGAUUUUUCAAGCUUGACCCUAAAAAGCGCCCUCGGGCAUUCGAGUUGAGCUCCAGUGAGUUUCUAGCCACUGAUGCGCCCAUAGUUAUCGACGAUACUUCUUCUACACUCUUAUCUCCCCAGUCUCUCAGUUCUUUAGCCCCCAAUUUUCCCAUGCGUCCUAGGCAGGACUCCUCUAUUCGCGCACCGACUUCAUCUAGAUACCGGGAAGACUUUGUCGAAGAGGCACGUCUAGGUAAGGGUGGUUUUGGCGAAGUUGUCAAGGCCCGAAAGAAGCUUGAUGGUCAAAUAUACGCUAUCAAGAAAAUCACCCAACGCUCUCAAACUAGUCUCAGUGAGGUCUUGAAAGAAGUUAGGGUGCUUUCUCAGCUAAGUCACCCCGCAGUCGUGCGAUACUAUAAUACCUGGCUAGAGGAAAUAACCGACAUGUCAGACUCGGAAGGGGAUACAUCAACCGAAGAUCCUACCGAUGAGUCCCAGAGCGUAGCUUCUCAGGGUAUUGAUAUCCAAUUCGCUACUAGUACUGGAGGGUUGGAUUUCAUAUCUUCGAGUCACCACAAUAUAGAAUUUGGAUAUGAUGACUCAGAUUCAGACGACGAAACUGAGGAGGAGGAGGACGAUGAUGACGACGAGGAAGAAUCGGACGUUAACUCUGUUAUCAAGGAUCCUAUACCUUCACCUAUGAGAAUGAAGAGUACCCAAAGACUUUCCAAGACUGUAAUGUAUAUUUCCAUGGAGUAUUGCGAAAAGAGGACAUUACGGGAUCUCAUUCAAAGGCAGCUCUACAAAGAAUCUGAGGAAAUAUGGCGCCUAUUCCGACAAAUCUUAGAGGGCCUAGUUCAUAUCCAUGGUUUGAACAUCGUACAUCGCGACCUCAAACCAGAAAAUGUCUUCAUCGGCCUCGGUCCUGAUGGGGUCAACAAUGUCAAGAUUGGUGACUUUGGCUUAGCAACUACUGGUUACUUCGCCGUUGACAAAUCCGUCAAUGGCAAUUUGGAUACGGGCGAUUUAACAAGAAGUAUUGGAACAUCCUAUUAUGUUGCCCCUGAAGUCCGAAGGGCUGGCGGGGGUUCGUACACCUCGAAAGUCGAUAUGUAUUCACUCGGAAUCAUAUUCUUCGAGAUGUGCUACCACCCUAUCUUAGGGAUGGAAAGAGCAGACAAACUGGGAAAGCUGGGAAACUCUUCUGUCCUCCCCGACGAUUUCCAGCCCGGUGACAAGUUAAAACCAGACAUCGUGUUGUCUUUGGUUACGCACGAUGUAAAACAACGCCCAAGCAGUAUUGAGUUGUUGCGAAGUGGAAAGUUACCGAUUCAAAUGGAAACGGAGACAACACGACGAGCACUUGCAAGUCUUACAAGCUCCGCCUCGCCGUAUUACCCAAAGGUAGUUUCCGCUUUAUUCGCCGCGCCGCUAGAACCAACGAAGGAUUACGCUUGGGACAUGGCAAUGCCCAACCCUACCAUCACAGAGCUCCUAUACCAAACUAAAGUCAAAGAAGAGUUGGUAUCGGUCUUCCGCCGUCACGGCGCAAUCGAAUCACCGCGAAGCUCACUUUAUCCACGCUCUUCUCAUUACUCUCCGAGCCAAAACAUCGUCCAGCUAUUGGAUCAGAACGGUACUGUAGUCCAGCUACCCUUCGACCUAAUGCUUGGAAAUGCUAGGGCGCUGGCAAAACAGACUCACUCUUCGACGAUUCGAAGAUCAUUUACGUUCGGUACCGUUUAUCGUGACAGACAAAACGGCGGACAGCCACAUAUGAUUGGUGAAGUUGACUUUGACAUUGUUUCUGCAGAUACCUUAGAUCUAGCUUUGAAGGAAGCUGAGGUCCUCAAAGUGUUAGAUGAGAUUGUAGAAACAUUCCCCUCGACAUCACCGAUGUGCUUUCAUUUAGGCCAUUCUGAUCUACUACAGCUUAUAUUCGACUUUUGCAACGUCGAUUUGAGCGCAAGGCAAUUGGCUGCUGAAUCGCUUAGCAAGCUUAACAUACACUCCUAUACUUUUCAGAAGAUUCGUGCUGAACUUAGAUCACCCUUAAUCGGGAUAUCGGCCACAAGUAUUGAGGAUCUUCGACGAUUUGAUUUUCGAGAUACCCCAGCCAAAGCUUUCGCCAAACUCAAAGCCAUCUUCGAGGGAAACCGAACGUAUGAAAAGCUACAAUCAACUCUGGCCCAUUUAAAAGACAUAGUCGAGUAUACGAAACGUCUCGGUGUCCGGGCUAAGAUUUACAUCAACCCUCUAAGUAGCGUCAAGGAGAACUUCUUCUCCGGUGGGAUGCUAUUCCAGUGCCUAUACGAUAGAAAGUCCAAAGACGUCUUUGCGGCCGGCGGUCGGUAUGAUAGCUUAAUCAAGGCACACCGCCCAAAAAUAGGGGAAGGCCCUCACGCAGUUGGCUUUAGUUUGGCGUGGGAGAAGCUGGCGCGACUACCAAAAGCUGGGGGAAAGUCGUUCCUGAAGAAAGCCGAGGAAGAUACAUUGGGUAUUUUCAACACCAAACGAUGUGAUGUUCUUGUAGCCAGUUUCGACGCACAUACUCUUCGCACAGCCGGAAUUGAAGUCGUCUCUAUGCUAUGGGCACAUGAUGUCAGUGCUGAGUUAGCUAGAGACUCCCGAUCUCCAGAAGAGCUUUCUUCCAGGAAUCGCGAUGAGACAUACUCGUGGAUCGUCGUCGUCAAGCAAGAAAACGUACUCAAGGUCAAAACCAUGGAUCGCAAGGACGUCCCAGACGUAGAAAUGUCCACCUCUCAACUCCUUCCUUGGCUACGCAUCGCGCAGCGCGAGCGCAGCUCGGCCAAGCAAUCCGAAGCCGCGAGCAACGCCACACCCGUCGCCCACAACAACGGCGGCCUACCCGCGAACCCAGACCAAGCCGUGCGCGUCCUCGUCGCCGGCACCCGCUCCAAGAAGUUCAACCGCCUCGACGUCAUCGAGCAAGCGCAGGCCAACGCCGCGGCCCUCCUGCAGACGUUCCAGGACGGCCCCAUCGCCGCCGUCGAGACCUCGGACGCCGUCCUCGACCUCAUCCAGGCCACCGCGCUCUCCGAGCCCGAGUCCUGGCGCCGCAUAGAGCAGUCCGUCGACAAGAACGAGCGCCGCUACCUUCGCGAGAUCCACGACAUGCUCCUGGCCUGGCGCAACGACUGGGAGACUAAGGACGCUAGUCGUCAUGCGUUCGUGUAUAACUUUCGCACGACGAAGUGCAUUUACUACGAUCUCGGCGCAUGAUGCUGAUGAAGGAGAAGCUUCUUUUCGUAAGUGGCUAGCCUACCAGGUUAGGUAGGCAUGUAAGCUGAGGAUAGGUACGCAUGUACGUUUCAGGUGUAUACCUUAUAUAGGUAGGUAGGCACCCUUGCCGAGGGAAAUACUAUGUGUGUACCUAUGCAUGGAGCAUGUGGAUGAAGACAGGUUUUCUGGCGGCACAUAGGCGUAGAUAGAUCGAUACCCUCAAUGAUUGAUACCUUUCCACUCCUUCUUCCUUCGCUGU